AUGACUUUGUUUGACGAUCUGAAUCCAGACUGUACUCGCCACAUUAUCGCUUUUCUUGAUAAAGCGUCGCUUCACGCAGUAGCCCAGGUCUCGAAGACUGCAUCCACCGUCUCUUUACCCUUCCUCGUGAAAAUCGUCGUCCUCUACCUUGAGUAUCUUGACGAUGAACGGAUAACCAACAAUUUUUGCAACGCCGUGGAGAAGCAUGGGCUAUACCCACACAUUCGGAGUCUUAGGCUCAAAAUCAGUGGAAACGACGCGCAGCCUCCUAACUCUCUCCGCCGACUACUCCCUCAUCUCAUCAACUUGGUCUACGUUGGUAUGGAGCUCGAGCCCAGCAUUCCACUUCGUCUAGACCUUGUCUACCCCGAAUACGGGCGGCAGUUUGCCUCUGCAGAGUACGGCGAGCUCUUCCAUUCACUCCUUUUGCACAGCACGCCCCCGCAGGUUACACUCCACGACAUCCUGUUAUCGAAACCCCGUGCUUCCGAGAUCGACAGCAAUGCAGGACUUGGAACCCGCUAUCUUUCCCUUCGAUCACCUCACAUCUCCAACUGCGACGAACAUGCAGAAGGUGUUGAACGAUUACUUCUUGCCGCAGGGCCCACCCUCGAAGCUCUCCAGUUCACAGGCGUAUGCCUUCCAGGCCUUCGAGCUACCCGAUCUGAAGAUUCACUCGAGUAUGCUGAGGUCAAAACUUUGCACAUCGACGCGUUGCCCAUCACCUUGGCCGCCCUUGCAGACGCAUUCCCAAAAUUAUCUUUCCUGACGAUAUACUCCGACUUUACAGCUCCUGAUCGCUUCAACCCCGAUAUGUGGCUAGGCGACGGGAACUCAUCCCCAGCUGAGUUCAAUAAACUUGUUUCUUUCACCGGUUCGAAGACGCUUGCGAAGGGUUUCCUCCUCCAGAGUCAUAUCGUCGGCCUACGUCGUCUUUGUCUACCGGCACAAUACAGUGACGAAACAUUUGAGGACCUCCGUGAUCUCUGCGCUUUCCUUGAAACUAUUUGUCUCAAUCCAGUGACAAGCCUCACCCUCACCAUCAAGUUUGAUCGCCGUGAACAUAUAUCGGCUCUACAUCUUGCCGUCGAACGUAUAGCGAACGCCUUACCCAACUUAAACUUCCUCCACAUCAGGCUUUAUCGUUUUGAAUUAAGUUCUGUUGAGGCCCUCCAGCAGCUCAUUGGACCAAUCCUCGAGAGGCUAUCAGCGUUGAAGACUCUUCGAUAUCUAUCGAUCCUCGUCAUCAGUAAUCAGUUAUACCGCCCUCCAAACGCUGCAGUGACACUCGGGACCGUCGCCAGGAGAUACUUAUCGACCAUACCAUCGUUGCAGUAUAUUGACAUCGAUGUCAUUUGCUCCUCCCUUAUCCUUCUGCACGACGAACGAUCCCCCGGAUCCUCGACGUUUUGGAGGAAGACUCAGGUCGACUCUCAGGUGGGGGCCGAGCAGAUGGAUCAAAGUGAAGCGUUAGAGUUGAGAUCAAGGAUGGAUUAUGAUGGAAUGGAAGUGGAUCCGUUGGUCGUCUCGAGAGUGGACUAG